UUAACAACGUUUCGCAUAUCACUCCAUCUCCACCAUACGACAAGCUACAUCAUUUUUAUCGGCGUUAUUAUUUUUUUGCGAUUCAUCAAUUCAUAAAUUUACAAAUUUUUCGGCAUGGAAGCCUACAAAGUUUUAAAAAUUGUCCUUGUACUUUUUCAAUUGGUCAAAUUGGUCCUUAACUCCAUCGUGAUAUAUAUUUAUCGCAAAGGUGACAAUGGGUACUUUAUGGGAGCGUCGUACAAUAAAAAUCAUGACGCAGAAGCCUACGUUGCUGCGACAUUUAUUGGUUACAUAACUUUUAACAAGGCCCAAUUAAUUGGACAAGUCUUCAACUAUUUUUACAACAGGAGGAGUUUUUACAGUAGGGGGGCACUAGAAACAGUGAUGCUCGUAUACGGGAUAAUUGCCUUUCUUUUCAGUGGCGUCAUCAUUUUGCACUUUUGGCUAAAAUUUAUACCAGCAAACCAUUUCACUGAAAAUGAUCCUGCCUGCGUUGGGAUAUGGAUGGGGAGUCUGAGCAUCGUCCUUGCUGUGAUGUAUCUCGUGGAGAUUGUGGUUUCUCAAUUUAUGAAUUCCAUGAGUCAAAGUGGAGAUAACCGGGGUGGUGGCAUUGAUACGGUUGAUAAGGGAAGGGUGGUACAAUAUCAUGGUGUUCCGGCUAACGAGAUUCGCACUGGAUGAAAUAUAUAUUGGAUUGGGGAAAAAAUAUACUUUUGAAACCGUUGUCAAGUUUUGUUUAAUAAAUUUACGAAUAUAAAAAUACAAGGAAUCAUUUAUCUUUAUUCUGCUGUAAUAAAUUGAGUUUGAUUUACUAAAUAA